AUGGCAGCACCAAAGAUCUACUCAAAAGAUGACAUCUUCACGGUCCCUUCAUACGAAAAUGUCAAAGCACGAUCUCGAUCGCAGUCAAUUUCUUACAACUUGCGUCCGACCUUACACCAUUCCAACCUCACACCAGAUGAAAAGACUUGUCGACCCGUUAAAAGCAUUAACAUAAGGGUUAAUGUCUUUUGGGGAGAGGAGUAUAAGAAAGAGCAAGUCGACUUAUCCAUUUCACGAACCAGCUCAUAUAAUUCAUUUAAAAAGAUACUGUCGAAGAGUUUGGGGUACGCGUUGCCAUGUAAUUUUGUCAUAUUAUACCAUACGGAAAGAUAUUACAAGGAUAAUAUGAUGAGAAUUUUAAUAGAUUAUUGGUUAGAAAACAGAGUGUUGUGGUUGGUAGAUAAUGACUUUAAGUUUAGAAAGCACAUGCUAUUAUGGAGAGACGAGAUCGAAAUUACUAUUGUUCGAAAAUCCAUCAUUUAUUAA